CGCCGCGGCCAAUGGGAGCCUGGGGGCGUGGCCUCGGCGGUGGCGAUGGCGGCGGUGUGGCGGGCGCUUUGCCGGGCCGGGCCGCGCGCGGGGAGGCGGAGACUGGUGAAUUCUCCUCUGCCAGCUGGUGUUCCUAAGCUUAGUUAUCACUUUGCAUCAUCUCACAAGUAUGUUCCCAGACGAGCUGUCCUGUAUGUACCCGCGGACGAUGAAAAAAAGAUACGAAAAAUCCCAUCACUGAAUGUAGAUUGUGCAGUGCUGGACUGUGAAGAUGGUGUGGCUCUGAACAGAAAGAAAGAAGCAAGGCUGGCCAUUGUGAAAACCCUUGAAGAGUUUGACUUUGGCCAUGCCGAAAAAUGUGUCAGGAUAAACUCUGUGUCCAGCGGCCUUGCAGAAGAAGAUCUAGAGGUGCUUUUGCGGUCCAAGACCCUUCCUUCAAGCAUGAUGCUGCCAAAGGUUGAAAAUGCUGAAGAAAUAAGAUGGUUUUCAGACAAAUUCUUACAUCAUCUAAAAGGCCGAACACUUGUAGAGCCAAUGAAUUUUAUCCCCUUUGUGGAAACUGCAAUGGGCUUGCUCAAUUUCAAGGCUGUCUGUGAAGAAGCACUGAAAAAAGGAUCCCAGGUUGGCUUUCAUUUGGACGCAGUUGUCUUUGGAGGAGAGGAUUUCCGUGCCAGCAUAGGUGCAACAAGCAGUAAGGAAACUCACGAUAUUCUAUAUGCCAGGCAAAAAAUAAUAGUCACAGCAAAGGCAUUUGGCCUUCAAGCAAUAGACCUUGUUUACAUCGAUUUCCAUGAUGAAGAGGGGCUCCGCAGGCAAUCAAGAGAAGGUGCCUCAAUGGGAUUCACCGGUAAGCAGGUGAUUCACCCCAACCAAAUUGCUGUUGUCCAGGAACAGUUCUCUCCGAGCCCUGAAAAAAUAAAGUGGGCACAAGAACUGAUUUCUGCUUUUGAAGAACAUCAGCAAUUAGGCAAGCCUUUUGAGUACCUGCAUAUAUCUAUGGCUUCGGUGAAUUAAAACUGAUUCUCCAUUAUGCCGGAGAAUCACAGUGUUACUGUCAGAUGAAAAUAUUUGCGACCAAAGGACAGGUAGCCUGGCAGACAACUCAGACUGCUUGUGCACAGACAUCAUUUAUGGAGAUAAAUAAAUGGAUUAAGAAGCGUUGGAUUUCUUAAAAAAUCUAUGUCAGUAGACCUGUUUCACUUUCGGGGGUUUGAUCCUGCAAAUGUGCUCAGUAGUGAGUGAAGGUACUUUUGAGAACAACUGCUUGCAGAUUGUGGUUCUUAAUCGUUAAAAAUGGGAAUGUUUUCUGUGCCUUUGUACCAAUUGCUGGACCUGAAUUUUGGAUAGAGGAGAAAGCAAAUUAACACUAGAAUAUGAUUGUUCCUAAUUUAGUGCAUCAUUGAGUCUCACGUUUCCUGCUCUGUGGGUUUCUGCUAUGUAAAUAUUGCGGUGGUGAUGCACAAUCUGUCUCCACUUUGUGCCAGUAAUACUUAAAUUAGGGGUCGCCUGAAGGAAGAUUUUAUGCUAGUUGCAGCAUUGUCAGUUAAUUAUCUUAAAGGUUAUUUGCUAUAAUCCAGUUUGCCUCUUUUUGAAAGAAAAAAAAAGUUGCAGCCAAAUGUAUUUAUCUUAGUUGCAGCCAAGCCUGGGCUAGUUAAAAAGCGAAGUCCCAGUAUCAGAAUGGGGACUACAGAUGAGCGGGAAUAGUUCACAUGUGCUUGUGUGACAUUCAAGUCGGAGACAAAUCCCUCCGGUCGUGAAGUUCAUCUAUACGAUUGUGCAUAGGGUCUCACUUUCUCUGGUGCCAUAUAAAUGUUUUCUGUACAUUUUUUUUCUGCUUUCUGGUGGGUAGAAAAAGAUUGGGAUGUGUGCCUUCCGUGUGCCCCUGCAUUUCUGAUACUACAGAUGUUGUACAUUAAAAAUGCUGUAAAGGUCAAAACAGAAAUUAUGCUUUCUUCUCAGUAAAAGUCUGACAAGGUAUUUGCUAUUGCUCUGCCCUUCUCUUCAGUAGGCUAUCGCAUCCCCUUUGUGGUUUCCAGUACAGCCAUGACUAUGAUAUUUGGGUGCUGUCCUGAGCAGUGAUUUCAGGGUCACUAUAAGGAUGCUGUAUGACUGUAUCUCUUUGUUCUGUUCCCCUUGGCUUUGAAAUGUAGCUUUCUACACGCAAACAAUAUAGAAGUAAAAAAUG